UUCAUCUGCUCCUGAAACAUCUGCAAGCCAGAUGAUGAAUUGGUCCUUGAGCAAGAUGAAGCCGAUGCAUGGUCCAAGCUUCGAGAGUGCAAAUGAAGCAAAUAAUUUUAGCAAGCGGGGAAAUGAAAGAUUAAAGCCUGAGGCAUCAUUCAAUCUUCGUAACCUCUCGAAGGUCGUACUUCCUCCAUUGGGUGCACCAGGUUACAAUCAGACGCAGGCGGAAUCCGGAGGGAGGAUCGUCUCCCCAAUGGAUUCCAGAUAUAGGUGCUGGGAAGCCUUCAUGGUGAUCCUCGUCGCUUACUCUGCAUGGGUCUAUCCCUUUGAGGUUGCAUUCAUGAAUUCUUCUCCAAAGGGAGUUCUCUGCAUCACAGACAGCAUCAUCGACAUAUUUUUUGCCAUCGACAUUGUUCUGACGUUUUUCUUGGCUUACAUAGACUCAAAAACACAACUCCUUGUCCGGGAUCCCAAAAGGAUUGCUAUCAGGUAUCUCUCAACAUGGUUCAUCAUGGAUGUGGCCUCAACAAUCCCAUUUGAAGGUUUGGGUUAUUUGAUCACUGGGGAGAUCAAGGAAGGGGUCUCUUACAGCCUAUUGGGCAUGCUGAGACUCUGGCGUCUGAGGAAGGUCAAGCAGUUCUUCACCAGGCUAGAAAAGGAUAUCAGGUUCAGUUAUUUCUGGAUAAGAUGCGCGAGAUUAUUAUCAGUUACCCUUUUUCUAGUCCACUGUGCUGGGUGCCUUUACUAUUUGCUAGCUGACAGAUAUCCACAUCAGGGGAAGACAUGGAUUGGAGCAGUCAAUCCAAAUUUCCGUGAAGCUAGCCUGUGGACUCGUUAUAUCUCCGCCCUCUAUUGGUCCACUACCACAAUGACCACUGUUGGUUAUGGUGAUCUCCAUGCUGUAAACACAGAGGAGAUGGUCUUCAACAUAUUCUACAUGCUAUUUAACCUGGGCCUCACUGCAUAUUUGAUCGGAAACAUGACAAAUUUGGUCGUCGAAGGAACACGUCGCACGAUGGAAUUUAGGAAUAGUAUACAGGCUGCAUCUAACUUUGUAUGCCGGAACCAUCUACCUCCACGAUUGAAGCAGCAGAUACUGGCCUAUAUGUGUCUUAGAUUUAGAGCGGAGAGCUUGAACCAACAACAACUGAUGGACCAACUGCCCAAUUCUAUAUGCAAAAGCAUCUGUGAGCAUCUCUUCCUACCAGUUAUUAAGGAGGUCUAUCUCUUCAAAGGCAUCUCAAAGGAAAUGCUCUUGCUCCUGGUAACAAAAAUGAAGGCUGAGUAUAUACCACCCAAAGAAGAUGUUAUCAUGCAAAAUGAGGCACCAGAUGAUGUCUAUGUUGUGGUGUCAGGUGAAGUGGAAAUCAUACACUUUGACAAUGAGAGAGAACAAGUGCUAGGAGCACUAAGGACAGGAGACAUAUUUGGAGAAGUCAGUGCUCUCUGCGAUAGACCUCAAGAUUUUACUUUCCGGACAAGAACAUUGUCCCAGCUUCUAAGGUUAAAGCAGAGAACCCUUAGAGAAGCAAUGCAAACCAAACAAGAAGACAGUGUAGUUAUCAUUAGGAACUUUUUAAAGCAUCAAAUCGAAUUUAAGAACAUACGCAUUGAGGAUUUGUUUGGAGAGAGUGAUGAAUAUGAUGCAGCCAAUAUACCUUGCAAUCUCCUGACGGUAGCUGCUACUGGUAAUAGUUGCUUCCUUGAAGAACUUCUUAAAGCAGGAAUGGAUCCUGACAUUGGUGACUCCAAAGGAAGAACACCGCUGCACAUAGCAGCAUCAAAGGGAUAUGAAGAUUGUGUAUUGGUUUUACUCAAGCAUGCCAGCAACAUAAACAUACAAGAUAUGGAUGGAAAUACUCCCUUAUGGCUCGCCAUCACUGGAAAGCAUCACAAAAUUUUCAACAUCUUGUACCAUUAUGCAUGCAUCUCCAAUCCCCACAUCGGUGGCAAUCUUCUCGUCCUUGCAGCAAAAAGAAAUGAUCUUUCUACAAUAAAGGAGUUGUUAAAACAUGGUUUAGACAUAAAUUCAGAGAAUAAUGAAGGACUAACUCCCCUGCAAGCAGCAUUUGCUGAAAACCACACAGACAUGAUUAAGUUGUUGGUCAUGAACGGCGCCAAUGUAGAAAACAUCAAUCUCAGCAGUUUGGAAACAAGAAAAAUGACUGAGGCAGAUAUACAAGAGCUGGUACAAAAGAGAGAAGUUGGUUAUCCAAUAGCAAUACUAGAAUCCCACGAAGAGCUUAAGCAAAUAAAGGUUUCAGAGGAAAAAAGUCAUAUGACGAAGUGGGGCACAAGAGGUGGAAUUUAUCCAAGAGUUAGCAUAUACAAAGGCCAUCCAUUUCUCAGAAACUCCAGCUCAGAAGCUGGGAAGCUGAUAAACUUGCCAAAUACGAUAGAAGAUCUCAAAGAAAUUGCUGGGGAGAAGUUUGGAGUUGUUGCAAAUCGCACAGUUAUAACAAAUGAAGAAGGAGCAGAAAUUGACUCCAUUGAAGUGAUUAGGGAUAAUGAUAAACUGUUCAUAGUUGAGAAUGAAGAAUUUCUUUGAGUUAUGCCAACAAAUUGUAACUGAUCUCUCUCUCUCUCUCUCAUGUGCACUCAUAUACUCAAAUUUCUUGUGGGCCCUAUAGUUGUUAUAUACGCCAAUCUCUUAAAGGAGAUCUAUGAAAUGAUAACAUGAUAUCAUUUUCUAUAA